GACCGCAACCUUCACCCGACAACAGUUUGACGAGGCAUGCCAGGAAUUCAUCCAUACUCAUCAGUCCUUUUCUUCUGCGUAUGAAGCUAGGCUUGCGGGAUGGUCUUGGAAAGAGCAUCGUACACUGCCAGGCUUCGGAUACAUGUGGAGGAGUAUCACUCUGAACUGGCGACAACCAGUCUCAAUUGAUGCACCCCUUGACAUUGAAGACAGUUUGGACGUUGUGGACGAUGGCACGACUGCUCCUCGUGGCUCCCGCGAGUCAUUAAUAUGUCAACAGUAUGUUGUGUUAUCGGCGACUUUCCGUGUACCGGCAUUCUAUUUUUCCAUCCAUGGUUCGAGCGGUUCUCCACUACAGCUGACCGAUAUCAUGAAAACAUCUCUUCUCCGUGAGGAUGUGCACGAAGGAACCGUCGCUACAACAUUUGCUGUAUCCCACCCGGCAAUGAACUUCCCCCUCCUAUCGCAAGGAGAACAUCCGACGCUAGGCACGCCUUGUUGGUACUUCCACCCAUGCGAAACUGCCAGUACAGUUCAGGAGAUCCUCAAGGAAUCAGAGGAAAAUGGCAGGAGACCAUUGAGAUGGAUAGAGGCUUGGUUCACGGAUACGUUCUCAAGCAUCGGGAUUUGUAUGGAAGGCGUUUGGACUAAACGUUGGAGCUUCUAUAGACUUUGGUUACUCACAUGUGACGAGAUCAACUAUAUGUAAUCCCCCGGAUCUUGCGUGCAGGGUAGGUACUUAUAUGUGGAGGAGGCGACAGGCCGUCGGAGUCGUUGUUGGGCCUUGUCUUGUGUUUGUCACCCACGUCGAGCUCAAAGACGUCGUACGAUUGCAUACUGCUCGAUUCCACAUCAUAAUCUCUUGUCAAAUAAAAGCCAGCCCAUCAUGAUGCUUGCAGCGCGUCUUACGUCCGUAUCUAAAUCAUCCCGCCCUAAUAUCUCAUCCUUUGCACGCAAAAUGUCCUCUCAUGAAGCUGUCAUUGUUGCUGCAUCGCGUACGCCUGUCGGAUCUCUAUACGGAUCACUCAAGACUCUGACCGCUC